UCUCAGGCGCAGAAAAUCAAAACAGAUAUUAUAAAAUAUGUUUCUUUGGCUUGCUAUUGUCUUGAUGAUUUCAGCUUCUGUCUCUUCCCAUGAACACAAACUCAAUUGGGUCGUUCCUCCUGCAAAUUCUUCUGAGAGUUUCAAUGAUUGGGCUUCCAAUAAACGGUUCCAAGUCGGAGACACCAUUCGAUUCAAAUACAAGAAAGACUCGGUGAUGCAAGUUACGAAGGAGGAUUACAAGCUAUGCAACUCGUCGCAUCCGAGAUUCUACUCGAAUACGGGAAAGACCCGAUUCAUGUUUGAUCACUCUGUUCCCUACUAUUUCAUAAGUGGAAUGUCUGGUCACUGCGAGAAAGGUCAGAAGAUGAUUGUCGAGGUCUUGUCUCGCGACAAGACUACCACGUCCUCUGCUCCUCCGGCUGCCUUGGCUGUUUGGUUCUGCUUCUUUAGCCUCUCGUUAUCUUUAGUAGCUUAGUAUCAAGAGUUGCUUAAUGUAUAUAGAUGGAUGUAGAAUGGAUUCGGUUCUCUUACACUAUGGUUGUUUUUAUCAUGAAUUAUGU